AGUUGGAUCAAGGGGCAGCUCGGUCAGCACCAAAACCUGCCCCAAAAAUCCAUUCUCUGACACUUUCCUCUUGCAAGGCAAGCUAUCCUAAAUGAUCUUGCACUUUAUCCAAAAACCAUGAGCACCUUCACUAAUUCUACAGCUCUCUUCCAUGUCAGCCAGAGCUUCACCGCACCCCAAACGCACCUUUGCAACAAACCCUUCAUCCCCAUAAUCCGAGCAUCGUUUCCAUCCCAGCACAAUGAUGAUGUGAUGACCACCAGUACCAACCGGAGAAAACUUGUCACAACAAUUCUGGCUACUUCACUAGCAGCACUAGGGCUGCAUGGCACCCCGGUGGCAGUAGCAGAGAAUUGGGGCACGCGUUCGUUUCUCAGGGAACGGUUUUUUGAGCCCGGGCUAUCGCCGGAAGAUGCUGCCGCGAGGAUUAAGCAAACUGCUGAGGGGUUGCAUAGCAUGAGAGAGAUGUUGGACAACAUGUCAUGGAGGUAUGUCAUGUUUUACAUUCGCCUAAAGCAGGCUUAUCUUUCUCAGGAUUUGAAGAAUGCUAUGAGCACAUUGCCCCAAGCUCGAAAGGAAGUAUAUGUGAAAACAGCCAAUGAAUUGGUGGAUAACAUGGCUGAGUUUGAUUAUUACGUUCGCUCACCAAAAGUAUACGAAUCAUACUUGUACUACGAGAAGACAUUGAAAUCCAUAGAUGAUUUAGUGGCAUUAUUGGGGUAGUACAAAGGUACUGGAGCCCUGAUGGAGCAUCUGAUCAGCAAU